UCCAGAACCAUCAGUUAACGUCAUGCCCGGGGCUGGCAGCUGAUAAAUGUGCUUCCUGAUACUGCGCUGCUUCGAUUCAGAGGACCGUGGAGAGCAGCAGCGACCAGCGGCUCGAGCAGCUGCUGGGAGAGUGAAGGAUGUCAACCUAUAAUGUGUCUCUCAAUGGCCCCGCACCUUGGGGCUUCAGGCUGCAGGGAGGAAAGGAUUUCAACAUGCCUCUGACUAUAUCCAGAGUAAGCCCGGGGAGUAAGGCAGCCCAAGCAAACGUCAGCCAGGGGGAUACCAUCGUGGCGAUAGAUGGGGUCAGCACAGAGGGCAUGACUCACCUGGACUGCCAGAAUAAGAUCAAAUCAGCCACCUACUCCCUGAACCUGAGCCUCCAGAAAUCAAGACGCCCAGGCCCAAUUCCCACUGCAACUCUUCGUAUGGACUCUCCCAUGCCAGUUAUCCCUCAUCAAAAGGAACCAGCUUCGGAGAUCGACAUCAGUGGAAAACUGACAUCAAGCCCUGAGUACCAGCUCAGUCAGACUGCAUGGGCCUCUGGUAGCAUGCUUUCAGCUAAUGGGAUGUCCUCUGAUUACCUCAGCACAAGGGAUAGCAGCUUGUUACGUAGCUCAGAGAUGGCAGCAUCUUUCAGGCAAACGUCUUCCAUGACCACUUCAAUGUUCUCUCCAGCUACUUCUUUGACCUCCAGCCUUUCACCUCAAAGAGGGGUCAGCCUUUCUCGGGCAUCAGCAAGAGUUUGUGAUGUAACUGGCAUUAAAUGUACAACAUCUAGUUCCAGCCAUCGGGGACAGUACAAUAGCCCCAUGGGCCUGUAUUCUAGAGAGACAAUUGAUGAAAUGGUCAGGGCAACAGCCCAGAAGGAUGACAGGCGAGACAGAGUCUCUGCAGGUGGAUUCCUCCAAGGGCUGGAAAGUUCUAAAGCAGCCAGCCACAGUGGCAAAGUGACAGGAACUCCUGAAGAAUCAGAGGCCAUUCAACCCCACAAGCCUGUUAUUCCAGCUGUUUUUGAGAUGUCAAAUGAGAAAGGGCCUGAAAAUCCCAGUGAGCCUGGAGAAGAUGGUGAGCUGCCCGCAGUACCUAACCAAUGUCACCAGGGCUUCUGGGUGGUCACAUUGAAGUACUCCAGCAAUAUCGUCAACACUACAUCCAAUGAGUAUGUGGAGCAUUUCAACCCCAACGUCCUGAAGGAUUCCGUGUUGUCCACACACAAGCCAAUCGAAGUGAAAGGCCCUGGUGGGAAGGCCACCAUCAUCCAUGCCCAGUAUAACACACCCAUCAGCAUGUACUCCCAAGAUGCCAUCAUGGAUGCCAUUGCUGGUCAGGCUCAUGCCAGAGGCAGUGAUCUUUCAAGUAACCUACAUGUUAAAGAUGCUCUAGUCGACAGUGCCUCUCCAGUCUACCAGGCUGUUGUUCGUAACUCUAACAAGCCCCAACAAACUCACCAGCAGGAGCUGGAUGAAUGGACUCGCCGGGCUGCCAAUUUGCAGUCCAAAUCUUUUCGUAUCCUUGCUCAGAUGACUGGAACACAGUACUUGCAAGAUCCAGAUGAGGAUGCGAUGAAAAGAUCAAGGGAAAAGUUUGAACAUGAAGUAAAAGGUCCACGCUUUGCCAAAUUGCGCAAAUGGCAUCAUGGUCUGUCUGCACAGAUCCUUAAUAUUAAAGCUUCUGUAAUUUGGAUUAGCACACCUAUUGAGCACGCUCAGCCAGCUUCGUCAGCAUCCAGCCCUGCCUAUGCUGCUAUGCCUGUUGCUUCAGCCAAUCCGCCUGCUGUCGCUAACCUGAUGGCAUCGCCGAUCUCACCACCUGCUGCUGCCAGUCAAGAUCGUACUGCUGUGCCAGCCUCCCCUGCUCUGCAAAGAAUGGCUGCACCUUCCAUUGCUUCACCCAUGCAGCCUGGAAUGCUUGCUGGGUCCAGGACUACAUCCCUGGCUGCUGCCACUAUAACUGCUGCUAUCUCUGCGCAGACUAGAUUCGGUGUCAACCCACUCAAACCAAGGACUGCCUUGGAGGCGAUUCGUAUAACUCCACUCAUCAACGCGCCUUCCUUACCCAAACGAACCAGGCCUAGCUCUGUUCCUCUGGGAAAAGCAAACCUGAGUUGGCAGCAGAAGUCCUCUUCCUCUAUCAGCCACCAAUCUCAAUCAGCACAUACCAUAAGGACUAGUCAGGGUUUCUCAAGCAACACCAAUGUGGUCAGACCUCCAGCAUCUCAAGUCUGUACAGAUGCCUCAAACCUAGGUUCUAAACCAAAGGUGGUCAGCACAGCGAGUAUCAAACCUGCAACCGUUCACUCAACUGGAGAGCACAUGCACAGCAGCACUGCCACAUUCAACGUUGCUAAGCCUGCUCCAGCUCCUCCAAAUGAACCAACUGCUGUGACAUCAGAUGGACGACCACCAUGGGUAACAGAUGAUAGCUUCGCCCAGAAAUUUCAGCCUGGAAAAAGUACCACUACCCUCACCAAACAUAUUCAGCCUUUGCCACAUUCUGCACCACCAAAACCAUUUGCGUCAUCUCUGCCCCAGACACCUGCUUAUGUUCCUACACAUGCUCCAGUGCCAGGGCAGACCAGUGGAGGUACUCGCAACCUUGUGCAAAGGGCUGAGAGAUUCCCAGCAAGCAGCCGAACUCCUUUAUGUGGACAGUGUAACAGUAUUAUCAGAGGUCCUUUCCUUGUGGCCUUGGGCCGCUCCUGGCACCCUGAGGAGUUUAACUGUACUUACUGCAAGACCUCCCUGGUCGAUACUGGAUUUGUAGAGGAGCAGAACAAUAUUUACUGUGAACGGUGCUAUGAGCAGUUCUUUGCUCCAAAUUGUGCUAAGUGUAAUACAAAGAUAAUGGGGGAAGUAAUGCAUGCCCUACGACAAACUUGGCACACCACCUGCUUUGUCUGUGCUGCCUGUGGAAAAUCUUUUGGGAACAGCCUUUUCCAUAUGGAAGAUGGAGAGCCCUACUGUGAGAAAGAUUACAUUGCUCUCUUCAGCACUAAGUGCCAUGGCUGUGACUUCCCUGUGGAGGCUGGUGAUAAAUUCAUUGAAGCAUUGGGUUAUACCUGGCAUGACACCUGCUUUGUCUGUGCUGUGUGCCAUGUAAAUCUAGAAGGUCAGCCAUUUUAUUCCAAAAAGGACAAGCCACUCUGCAAGAAGCAUGCUCAUGCCAUUAAUGUUUGAGAUGCUCAGGGACCAUCAAAAGAAAGCCUGGAGGAAAACCUAUUUAAAAGAAGAACAUGGAGUGCAGCUGUCUCUUUCAACAAACAGAUCCAACAGCUGCCUCUUAAGUCUUUUCAUUCUUGUUUUAUUUUGUUUUAAUUAAGUUUCAAAUAAUUUAACUAAGAUUGUGAGUGUUUGUAAAAGUUCAGUUGCUGGAUGGGCUGCAGGAUAUUGUGGGAAUGCAUUUUUUACACAGCCAAUUACAGUAGCUUCUCACAAUGCUUUAUCAGGCACACUCAAUACUAACAAAACACAUUGCACAUAACUGGAAAGUUUACAGAGUUAAGCUUGAUGAAUGCUAUUCUGCUGAUCCUGAUUUGAUAGCUAAUAUUUCUGUAAACCAGGUUUCCAGUUGAACUAGAUAAAAUCUCCACCUACAUUAAGCGGCUUUCCUUUAAGUUUGUGUCUGUAAUUACUGUUUUAUAUGGCUUAGUCCUGUCUUUUGUGUUGGGUUAGUAGCUUUAAAUUGUAGUGUAAUCAUACUGAAACUCUGCAUUUUUGCCAUGUACCAUAUUUGUACAUGGAUUUGUUAAACUAAGCAACUGUUAACAAUGUCAUAAUUCAAUUUGCUUAUUUAAAAUUUUUAAGAUGUUGCUUAAGGAGCAAAACUCUUGAGUAGGUUUGAAAUUGGCAGUUCUGCCACAGCUGUCCCCAUUUUUAUUAUUUUUGGACGUGAAGGGGCUGACCAGGCACUAUUCUGUCAGCACUACAUGAUUCCGUACUUAUGCUUUAGAAAUUGUCUUGAACCUUGAAAUAAGCUUGGUUAGGAAAUAACUAUGUGACAAAUCAAAUGGCAUGCUUCCUAAAGUUUAUAAUCCGGUUGCUUGCACUGAUUCACUUGAUGCAAUUUCCCCAAACUUGACAGAGCUGUGUAAAAGAACAAGAAAUUUUAAGUCCAAAUUAUGUUCUCAAAAGACAAGUUUUAUGACCUUUUGUGCAACUUUAGAAAAACAUAGUGGCAGACGUCAGCCCGACCUACAGAACUGGCUAUGUCCCCGUGGUGAUUUAUUCAUUAUUGGGAGCUUCUGCUAAUUGUAAGGUUUACAAGCCAUCAAGGUGGCCAUAAAAUAAAGCUAGUUAGUUCUUUUAGGUGCAAGAACAUGAGUGAGAAAAAGGCUUAACGUGUCACAUCAAAACUAGCAAAUGAUGUUACUUUUUUACAUGCUGUCUAAUUGUCCUGUUUUAUGGCAGAUAUGCAUGUGAGCAGGAAUUCAAAGGAAACAUUUCUCAAAAUGGAUUGAAUUUUUGGAUGCAUUUUGAAGUCAGAUCACCAAUUGCAUCUGAAGCCUUUAUGUUUUAAUAGUUUUCAAUUUAUCUUAUCAGAAGUUAAACUUAUUCAAAUCAUAGCCACUUUAAUCAGGGCAGAGUGAAAAGAAUUGCACCUUAUUUGUUUCUGUUUCUGGGUCCUAUGACAUUUCACAUUUUACCCUGUUUGAUUUGGUGUUUUUAAAAUUUUGAGCUAUCUUGAGUUUCAUUGAGUGCAUCAGCUAUUGUCAAAUCAAAGUGAAAAUCCCAAUUAUAGAUGAUUUGUUUACAGUCUGAGUGUCAAGUAAUCAUUUUUUGAGAAUGAAGGUAAUUUACAUAUUUUUAUUAUUUGUUAUUUUUUUCAUUUUCUGACAAUGACAUCCAGCAGUAGUUAUUCCUCUUUUAUAUGCUAAACUAUCUAUUAUAAUACUACACUUACUUCGAUAUAAACUGGAUAAUCUCCUCUAGUGUUGCUUAUAACCAAAAAUGAUAUUGUAGCUUUGAUUCUAAUCUUCACAUUAUUAUUCAGUAGGGGAUUAUUUGGUAGGUGGUGCUGGGGUGAGGUGGAACAGGACCUCAUGAUGCUUUGGUGUGCAUCUUUUCCUAAGACCUUCUCCCAAAUGUCAGCCUAGUUGUCAGGUUUGGUUUCCACUCUGGCAAAUACACGAUAGUAGCAGAUCACUACUGCUAGUAGAGAGCUUGAAUGGAAGAAGUGUUCCAUUCCCUGAUCAAUUAGGAAGUGGCAUCUGAAUUUGUGUGGUGUGUGGUGUGUGGUGGGGGCUGGGGGAGUGGAGGAAGGUGUCCAAUCCAGGGGAACAAAAUAUGCAUGGAUCAGCAAUACAAGUAGUGCUGUAUUGGCAAGUAUCUUGUCUCCAAAGUAGUCCUAAGCUCUUUUGGGCUACCAUGUUUCCAGUCAAGACUAUACCUACAAAGCAGGUUAAAUAUAAGCAGCCUGCUCAUUCCUUCCCUUGGAAGAGCUAUUCUUUCACCUCUACUGGGUUUUCUUUUCACAUCUCUCGCCUAUCAAUACACUUGUAUUCCUCCAUCCAGUCCACCCUAAAGAAAUCUCCUUCUAGCCAGCAUUAGAGUUUGUCUUUCCCAUUUCUGUCAAGGGUUCUUUCUCUUUCUUUCAUCUAGCCCACUUCAUUUGUUUGCAGACAUUAGGAUGAAUAAAGUUGUCAAGAUCAAAACCAUUAAACAGACAAUGUACAGUUACCUUGAUCAAGCUGCUGUGUGAAAUAUCUCUCUUGUCUGUCAAGCAAGACUUUUUGUUUAAAAAGCAGCAAAGUAAAAUUCCUUAGCCUUAAUUCAGAGUUGUAAUAGAUUAGCAAAGAGAGAUUUUAGAGAAAGCCAUGGCCCAGAUAAAAGGGAACAGCAGUGUUAUUGUUAUUAGGACCUUGGUGCUCAUUUAACUCUGAAAUAAUAAUUUGACUCCAAAGUCACACAAGGAUGCACAGGAUAAAAGAAUAUUCACUAAUUUGGACUAAUUACUCUUCAUGGCACUACUGUGCAAGGUAUGAUUUCAAUUAUUUAUCUGUUGCCAUUGAAUUAGUGUUUUAUUUCUCUCUAACGUUUCUUAUCUGUCUCACUGAAUCUGCUAUGAUUGCCAAUUUGUGACCUAUUUCAUCACUAUUCAUUCUUCUCUUCAAAUGGGAGAUGAUAAGUUAAUUCUGAAGAAACUGAAAGAGUUGGAUUUCUUUGAGUGCAUUGGAAUUUAAUAUUUCCUUCUGCUCAUCUAAUGAUUGUUGUUCCACUAUGGGUGCCAUUUAUCUUAAGUAAUGAAGUACAGCAAUCAGCAGCCUAUUUUACACUCCACUAAACAUACAUUUCAAUAAAGUAAUUGAAAAUGGGAACUUCAAUGAAACCUAGUAUCAAGCAAAGUGUAGACUGCUGAUUCACUGUUACCUGU